AUGUCCGAUUCCUUAGAUGUCAGCUCCCAAGGAGGUAGUCCUGAGGCAGAAGCGAGAUUCAACCCGAACUACAUUAUGGGGAUGAACAUCCGUGCCCAUGUCCAGUUUGCCUUGGGACUCGAUGGGUUCUUCGAUGGCAUACUCGUACCGAGGAGCAUAUGUGGUGCCAGUCUUCUCAGCAUCAGAUUAGUGUAG